GAGCGAACGAGGCCGCGGAGCUUCGUGGAAGAUCGCAAAAGUGGCGGAAGGAGAGGAGAGGAUAAGCAGCUGUCCACCGGGAGUCUGCUACUCUCCGUGGUCUUGCUCUUUUCGCUCGUUUUCUCUCCCCCUGUCUUUCUUCCUUUUCCGCCUUCUGCGUCUAGACGCGGUACCCUUUCCCCUCCGGUGGAAAAAGUCACCCUGCUCGCACCGGCAGAGAGGGAUGUCGGCCACGGGCUACAGUGCAGUGCGGUGUGUACGCUUCCAACAAUGAAUAUCGUCAACAUGGAACCGUGCGAUUCGACGAAUUAAUCCUGGAACCACGUCGGAGAGACGGACGAACGGAAAAGGAACUUGGUGUCUACCGUCGAUCGUUGGCCGGCGUGCGACGAGGUUGUAAACCAGGUCGGUGUGGAAAAUUCAGUCGAGAUCCUCGCAAACAUGAGUUCGUUCCUGAUGAAUCCAUCCGCCGGCGGUGGAUAUCAUCAUCACCAACAUCAGCAAGCGGCGAGUAGCCACCAUUUGGCAGCGACCUCCGUCAUGGUGGACCCCAAGUUUCCACCCAGCGAGGAGUACAGCCAGAGUAACUACAUCCCGUCCACUGGAGCGGACUUCUUUCCCACCAGUGGGGGUGGCCACCACUUGAAUCAUCCGCAGUCUCACCAGCUGCAGUACGGUUAUCAUCAGCAUCAUCAUCAAGCGGCGUCCACGCCGUACGGAGCGUCGUCAGCCGUGCAGCUAAACGGAGGUUACGCCGGCUACGGUAGCUACUACGGACCGCAUCAUCCUCACCAUCAAGUGCACGCCGUUCAUCAUGCCAGCCUGCAUCCUCAUCAUCAUGCGGUGGGCUCUCUGGCGAUGCCGCCGGAGGCUCAACAGCCGCCGCUCACGUGUCCAUCGUCGAUGCAGAACCAACAACAGCCGCAGCAACAGCAACCACCUGUGUCGGCGUCCACUGUCCUGGGGUCCACUCCACUGUCACCGGGUAUUAUGCAGAAUCACGUGCAGCCGCCGGAUAGUCUUCAGCAUCAUCAGCAGCCGAGUCAGCAGCAGCCACCGCACGAUAGCAAUGCCUGCAGCCCGGCCAGUUCUGGCCAGCUGCAUCGCGACAACUCGCCGGAUCUGCAGCAGCAACCGACCAGCGCGCAACAGUCUCAGCAUAUACAGAACACGCAACAGCAGCAACAACAGUCGCAGCAGCAGCAGAGCCAGCAGCAGUCGCAACAACAGCAUCACGUGGACGACGGGUCCGAUCAGGAUGACAUGGAGGACGAUCAGAUGAUGGACGGGUCGCCAGGGAUGAUGGAGGACGAGGAGGAGGACGAGGAGAACGGGGACCGUGUGAUUUAUCCGUGGAUGAAGAAGAUUCACGUUGCCGGUGUCGCGAACGGCUCGUACCAGCCGGGGAUGGAGCCGAAGCGGCAGAGGACCGCGUACACGAGGCACCAGAUCCUCGAGCUGGAGAAGGAAUUCCAUUACAAUAGGUACCUGACGAGACGGCGACGGAUCGAGAUCGCUCAUACCCUGGUGUUGUCCGAGCGGCAGAUUAAGAUCUGGUUCCAGAACCGUCGCAUGAAGUGGAAGAAGGACAACAAGCUGCCCAACACGAAGAACGUACGCAGGAAGAACGCGAACGGCCAGGCGGCGCCACCGUCGGCAAAGCCGUCCAAGACACCGGCUACCAGGUCCAAAUUGGCCACCGGGAACAACAACAGCCAGAGGAAGAACAACAACAACUCGCCGUCGAGCGGGAUCGACGCUGGCUUGGACUCGAGCGUCGGCCUGACGGACAUGGCUGACGUGCACGCGGUGAACGCCGCCCUUCCGCAUACGAACGUGGUCCAUCCGAGCUUCCAAGGUCACCCGCAUCCUCUGGCCCAUCUUCAAGCACAGCUGAGUCAUCACCAUGUGAGCGGCAUGAUGGAGGGCCCGACGGGAGGACCGUUGGGACACAUCGGCUCCGGAAGUAUCAGUCCCCUGGCCCCGGCGACCAGUCCGUCAGGGCUGUCGCAGGUCUCCGCGCCCAUUCCGCCACCGGCGAUCAAGUCCGAUUACGGGCUGACGGCGCUGUAA